AAAGGGUCAUAAUAUUGAAUGCUAUGAAACGUGUCACCCAACUAUCAAGUACACAUUUACACAACUAACCCACUGAAAUUAAAAUUUCACCAAAAUUUUUAAUCUAAUAUCCCGGGAAACUGUACCCCAUGUUCGUCCUCACUGCACUAUCAGCUCCCAGAACGGUUUUGUUAAGCAGUUGCCAAUAACACCUUAUUCGCCGCUCAGAUUUGUUGCCUAAAAACUUUGAAUCUUCACAAAAAAAUCGCCGCUCAGUUAGCAUAUAAUCAUCUCAGCCCACUUCUUACUUUACCUCUUCAGUUAGCUUUAAUACUCUUCAUAAUUUGCCAAAAAAGUUCUCUUAAUUUAGUUUUGGGGUUAAUUUGUAUUGUGAGUUUUGAUUCAUCGUUUAAUUUCUAUUGUUUGUUGGAGAAAAUUUAUCAAGAUUCAGCCCAAAGAUCUCGUCAUCUGAGGAGAAGCUGUGGUAUUUGAAGUGCAAAGAAGUGGAAAAUCAGAAGCUAAACAGGAGGAGAAACGGCUUCAAGAAUUUGAGCAUUCAUCCUUUUGGAUUCUUUUGGUCACUACUUGCUUAGUUUAGCAAACUCUUGAAGACAUCUAUACCAAGAUAUGGAUACAAGUUGGAUAGAACUUCCACGAUGCCACACUCAAUAUGUCAAAGGUUGUAUGCAAUUCAUUAACUUUGCUAAGGUAGCUCAGGUAGAAGGAAAGAUUCGGUGUCCAUGUAAGACAUGUAAAGUGGAUAAAUGGCUUCGUGUAAAUGAUGUAGAAAGACAUAUCUUGUUUAAUGGGUUUUAUAAAUCAUACAAGAAAUGGAAUUUUCAUGGUCAAGGGGAUUUGCUUCAGCGUAUGAUUGGGUGUGAUGGAGGGAGUACUAUCCAAGGAUCCCCUCUAGAUCAAACAAGGUUUGAAGGUCGAGAUGAUAUGGGAGGCCUAUUGAGAUCUGCUUUUAGUUUUGAAAAACCCUCAAAUGACCAAACCUUUGAACCACAUGAAAAUAAUGAAAAUGACGAGUAUCUUGAAGAACCCGUCUUCUAUGAAGAGGAGAUUGAUUUAGAAUUUUCAACAACGGAAGAUGAAGCUAAGUAUAAGAAAUUACUUGAUGUUUCUGAUGAGAAAUUGUAUGACGUGUGUACUAAAUUUUCCAAACUGUCUUUUCUUUUACACCUUUUUCACAUAAAAUGUAUGAGCCAUUGGUCUGCUGAAUCCUUUAAUAUGCUACUCGAGCUUCUCAUAGACGCAUUUCCCCAAAUUCUGGAGUUCCCCUCGUCUUAUUAUCAAAGUAAGAGAAUAAUAAAAGACCUUGGCCUUGGGUAUGAGAAGAUUGAUGCUUGUCCAAAUAACUGUAUGUUGUAUUGGGGUGAUUUUUCAAAGGAAGACAAGUGUCAUGUUUGUGGUACAUCAAGAUGGAAGAAAAAUAAGGGUACAAAUGAUAAUGUCAGAGAUCAAGAUAAGACUAUUUCUAGGAGUGGUGAGCCAGCUAAGGUAAUGCGUUACUUUCCUCUUAUCCCUAGACUGAAGAGAAUUUACAUGUCCUCAAAAACAGCAGAAGAUAUGCGAUGGCAUUAUACUCAUAAUGAUAAAUUGAAUGAUGUUGAUAAGAAGAUGUUAAGGCACCCUUCAGAUGCAUUAGCUUGGAAAUCAUUUGAUCAACGUUAUGAGGAUUUUGCCUCAAAUCCUCGUAGUGUUCGAUUAGGACUUGCAAGUGAUGGGUUUAAUCCAUAUCGUUUGAUGAACACGACUUAUAGUACAUGGCCUGUGGUGUUGAUUCCCUAUAAUCUUCCACCGUGGUUAUGUAUGAAACCAUCUUCAUUCAUGUUGUCUAUUAUCAUUCCCGGUAAAACAAGUCCCGGAAUUGACAUCGAUGUGUAUUUGCAACCACUAGUUCAUGAAUUGAAAUUGUUAUGGAGUGGGGUUGAUGCUUUUGAUGCUUAUGAUGGAGAGAAAUUUAAAUUGCUAGCCGCUUUGCUUUGGACUAUUAAUGACUUUCCUGGUUAUGCAAUGCUCUCCGGUCUGAGCACCAAAGGCUAUAUGGCAUGCCCUAUAUGCAUUGAUUCGACUCCUUCUGUAAAAUUUGGGAGUAAGACUUGUUAUUGUGGGUAUCGAAAAUGGCUUCCAUCAUGUCAUCCAUAUCGAUUUGAGAGUGACAGUUUCAAUGGAAGCGAAGAGCAUGGUGAAGCUCCACCUCGGCCUAGUGGGACUGACAUAUUGGGGCUACAAGAAAAGGUUGGGUAUGUUUAUGGGAAGGCAUCAAAAAGAAAGAGAGGUAAUGAGGCUAACAAUGAAGAAGAUGUUGUCAUUGGUACCAAGAGAAGCAUAUUUUAUGAUUUGGAGUAUUGGGAGCAUAAUUUGUUGAGGCAUAAUCUAGAUGUAAUGCACAUAAAAAAAAAUGUGUGUGACAAUAUUUGGAGUAUUGGGAGCUUUUGAUGCUUAUGAUGCACAUAGAAAAAGACUUAAAAUAGCAGAAGUUAAAUGUCUGACAUUUGUGUGUUUCUCACAUUGUAGAAAAAACAAAAAGGAGAUUUCAGUGAAUUGGAGUUUUUUAAAAGUGUUUACAGCGAAGGAGAUGGAAGCUUCAAAGAGGGCACAACAUCUCGUCAGUUUGUGGUAUAUAUACCAAUGAAAAUUAGUUUAACCACUAAUUUAUUAGCUCUUUGCCAAGGUUUAUAGUUUUCUUAUCAU